AUGACACAGAUGGAUUCUCGUCCGUUCACUACAUUGCUGACGCAUGGGAUUGACACAACAGCGUUUCAGUCUCCUAUGUAUGAAUCAGGUCAAUGUUAUCCACUAUGCUACACACAACAGUCAUUUCAGGGCCAUGGUGUAGAAUCAAGUUCACGUGGUGGAUAUGGUUAUGAAUUUGACAGUAACACACAAGAUGUGCCGACAUGCAGCCAUCAUACCACUCCGGUUGAAGUUGUUGGUAAUAUGGCAGAAACAGUGAACAAUGUGCAGUUUGCUGACAAUGAUGAUGAUGAUGAUAAAGAAGAUGAUGCUGAGGCUCCCGUUGACCCUGAAAAUGCCCCCAUUCCACCUAGAAUACAAGCUAUUAACCAAGAAGCCAUCAAUUGGGUCCACAAGAUGAAUCUUGAGGACUGGGCCCUUGCAUAUGACGGUGGAUUUCGCUGGGGGGUAUUGACCAGUAAUGAUGCAGAGUGCUUCAACAGCGUCUUGAAAGGCUUCAUGGCACAUGUACCUAAGGAGGUUCCACUGUUCAGACAGGUACAUCGGGCUAACAGUAUAUGGGAGAGUCCGGAUGAGGCACGCACCGUGUUGACAUGCCGUCAGGCAGAUUCUGGAUUGUGGGAGCAUCCGUUGGACCAUAAAGUCUUGCAGUAUGUAUUACGCGCGGGAUUCUAUGGUGUGUAUCGUAUCGGGCACAUUCGACUGGACUACGCACUCAUCACUACUCUCAUCGAGAGGUGGCGCACAGAAACUUAUACAUUCCAUUUCCCGAUCGGGGAGGCCACCGUCACAUUGCAGGACGUAUCCGUCUUAUAUGGUCUUCGGAUUGAUGGCCGAGCAGUUACUGGAGUUGUCUCAUCUUUCGCGACGGAGCAGUGGAUAGCCCUAUGUGCUGAGCUAUUGGGAGUAGCACCUACACCAGCAGAUUCACAGGCAGGUAGACUGAGGGUCAGGUGGCUGGCCAAGCAGUUUGCUCAUCUUCCAGAUCAUGCUCCAGAUGAGUUGUCACAGAACCUGCUCAAGCUAAUGUACUUGCCACUGUUGAGAGACAUUGACGAGAUUAGGCAGUACAGCUGGGGUAGGGCGGCUCUAGCAUGCUUAUAUAGGAUGCUAUGUCGAGCAGCUCAGGUGGGUAUGAGGGAGAUUGGAGGACCACUUGUGUUGCAACAGAGAUUGAUUUGCAUUGCCCCGUCUAGGCGGCAAUUGGUUGGUCCUGGUGAGCUUCCUAUGGGUGAGGGGGACAAGCAGUUGCCCCCCGGACCGCGAGGUAGCCGGUGGAGGGUUGACAUGGGCCACGAGGUCGUCUCGACCCACGUAGUGGUAGUUUAUAGAGACCAGCUGGAUCGGAUGAUCGAGGGCGAGUUGUGGGAUGCCCGUCGGGACAGUAUUGUACAGGCUGACUACAGAGAUAAGGUAGCUAGAGCUGGGAGGUCGUAUCACUUGGCUGAGGACGCCCAUUUCAGACGUGAUGGACAGCAUGCCUUGCAGGCCGUUGCAAAGAUCCGAGAGUUAUUGUACCAGGCAUUCCAGGUUGCCCAUCGGGGAGAUCGUCUGCAUUACGGCCACUACGAUGUACACAGUUCAGCAGUUGCUCCAGACACAUUAGCGCCGUCCACAUCAGCGCCUUCCACUUCAACGCCUGCCACAUCAGCUCCUUCGACAUCAGCCAAGAUUCAGAAAUCCAUUCACCAGAAAUGUAAUACGGUCAUUACAUUGGAUGACCUAAAGGAUGCCGAUUUCUCUCCAUUUAUUGAUGUCUUCCUGCCAGUCGACUCUUCUGAUAUUGAUGCGAUUGACAUAAUUCACGAAUCACACUGUGCCAUAACAAAGAUUAUGGAUCCUUCCCAGGGUGGUUUGUCUUGCCAAGUUUUGAACCUGAGGUCUUCUGACAUCCGAGAGCUCUACAUAGUGGGAAUUUUCAAGCAACUACACACCCUUAAUCUGGACUUUUGUGCUUCUCUUACAUGUCAUGUUCAAACAUCAGGUUUAGUGGAGCAAUCAUCCGAUUCCCUUGCUGUCUGGAAUGGAAAGUCUAAUUUGCCGAUUGAACUGGUUGCUUUUAGCAAAUUGUGUACACAAGACGGAGAUAAAUCUCCUAUUAGUGCACUUAACUACAACUUCGAGUUAGAGGAUGCCUCUACCACAUUCAAGAAUUAUGUUUCACAUCAUCCUUCGCCUAUCUGCUUUGAGAAAUAUUAUAGGGAGUACAUGAUUGUCUCAUUGCCUCACUUGACCGUUUUAGAUAAUCUGCCAAUCAGAAAGGUGGAAAGGGAAAUGGCCAAGAUUAUCUUUUUCGAAUAUUAUGAGUUCUUACCAUAUAAACGACAGCACAAAGAGAGUGUUGUCAGCAUUUUACAUAUGCGUGAAACUGGAGUGAGUAGAAUUCACCACCAUAACUCAUCCCGGCCAAGGCAGCCACUGUCUUAUAGAAAAAGCCAACAUUUCUACUCUAGGUCUCUUUGUGCUGCCAAACUUGGGUCUUCUGCAUGGCCGCUCUUACAUCCAGUGUCUAACAUUUGCCACAUUAUCAAAGAAGAAGUUAAGAGCCUUCGGCCAAGGCAGUUUGAAUAUCAUCCAUCAAACUCUAGUCUUAUGGUUUUCGGAACUCUAGAUGGGGAAAUAGUCGUUAUCAACCAUGAGAAUGGGCAUAUUAUUGGUUAUCUCCCAUCCCUUGGAGUUAUGAACAGUGUUCUGGGCCUCUGUUGGCUUAAGAAGUAUCCAUCCAAGUUCCUCACUGGUUCAGAUAAUGGUUCCUUGAGAUUAUUUGACGUUAAUCAUAUGCUGCCGAAUAUUGCGGAUGGCUAUGCUUCUUCCAGUAAUGUUACCUUUGGUAACUUUGAGCAGCUGACAUCUGUUCAUGUCAAUUCAACAAAUGAUCAGUUUCUUACAUGUGGUUACUCGAAACAUGUUGCGCUGUAUGACAUUGACAGUGGAAAGUGUUUACAGUUAUUCAAUGAUAUGCAUCGAGGACCCAUUAAUGUUGCUAAAUUUGCUCACCACUCUCCUUCCAUAUUUGUUACUUCAUCCUUUGACCAUGAUGUCAAGAUGUGGGACCUUCGGCAGCAACCUCUACAACCUUGCUAUACAGUUUCAAGCUCAAGAGGAAAUGUAAUGGUUUGCUUCUCACCUGAUGACCACCAUCUGCUUGUGUCAGCUGUGGAUAAUGAGGUUAAACAGCUUAUGGCGGUAGAUGGGAGACUUCACACAAAAUUUGAUCUGCCUUCAACAGGAAGUGCCCACAAUUAUACUCGGUCAUAUUACAUGAAUGGAAGGGACUAUAUCAUCAGUGGGAGUUGUGAUGAACCUGUUGUUCGAGUUUGCUGUGCUCAAACUGGAAGGCGACUUAGGGAUGUUUAUUUGGAGGGUAGGGGCUCGGGAAACUCAAUGUUUGUGCAAUCCUUAAGGGGUGAUCCUUUUAGAGAUUUUCAAAUGGCUAUCUUAGCAACCUUUACGCAUCCCAGCUCAAAGUCGGAUAUCAUCAAGGUCAAUUUGCUUGCAUCCAGCCAUGACACAAAAGAAUAUUCAUGUGAUCGUCAUUUUAGCCCUUCGUCUGGUUUGGGAGGUUGACGGAUAUCUCUUUUCUGUUAAGCUCCUUU